AUGAACUGGUUCCAGUCAUUUGUUCGCUGUCCUGUGGUCGUGGAGGCUUUGUCUCUGCCUGAGGAUGUUGUCGAGAGUAACCGACGACAGAGCGAAUACCUUCCAAUCAACCAUAUUGGCGUUCGUAAUCGGCAUGGCGCAAAUGUAUGUGAGAGGCGCGAGGAUGACGAUGAGAAGGAUAACGAGGAAGACGCCGUCCUUCUCUGGCACAAUUGCCGGACUGGCGCCGACAUGGUCGGUGGUCAGGCAGAUGUAGACGGCCGAUGCGCUGAAUUGACCUAG